CUUUCUUGAUAUAUUCAAUCAAUUAACAACUAAUUAUAAUAAUCUGAAUAUUUUCAUGAUUAAUAAAUUAUAAUGGCUGAUAAUUCGAAACUUCGAUUUCCAAAUGAAAUCAACACGACGAUUGCUCGCGAUAUAGACGACAUCGGUACGCUCGCUGUUGCUGUGCAGAAUGAAUUGCCGGUGCCGGAUGACCUAGUCGAUCGUGCUAGAUUCAGUCAUAUAUGGAACACGGUUUUCAAUAAGAAGGAUGAUCAGAAAAUCUUGAACAAGGCUAUGGAGAAUGGAGCAUAUAUUUAUUUAAUCGGAAAAGAUCUUCGUCAUUUGUACGACGGUCUAUAUAAGAUGCCUCCGAACGCGCCAGACACGUUACAACUGAUAUUAACUUGGCUACCGCCGCUUGAGGAUGACAUUACUUUGCGGCGAGAAGAGAAAAUUUUUCAAUACGAAAUUAAAACGACGACAUCCAGGGUCAAUAUACAAGUCCUGGGGUGGCCGUUAUAUAGGAAAGAAUUGGAAAAGCAUAUGCCGUCUGUUACUAGAGAUGGGGAGAUCGAGUUUAUCGCGUUUGAUAAUACAGGUGGUCAUUUCUUUCCCCUCAAUCCUGAGAUGGCCAUUAGACUAUGUACCGUGCCUCCAGCUUUCGAGGAAGAAUAUCGAAAGAAAUAUGAGGCUCAGAGAAAUAAGUAA